CCUCGAAGCUUCUCUGUUCUUCAUUUCCCAGAUUUUUCUUUGCGGGGUUCGAUUUGGUUUUGGGGGGCUAAAAAUUGAAUUUUUUUUGGGGGGCGUUCUUUGGCGUGGCAGGGAUUGGACCGUGGUUUCGAUUUUGGUCGAGCGAGAUCGGCAAGGAUCAGGCAGUCUAUUUGCCGGAGAUCAGGACAAUGGAGUCUCACGAUGAGACGGGAUGCCAGGCUCCAAAAGGCCCAAUCCUCUGUGUUAACAACUGUGGCUUCUUUGGAAGUGCUGCCACCGCCAAUAUGUGCUCGAAGUGCCAUAAGGACAUGAUGUUGAAGCAGGAACAGGCACAAGCAGCCGCAUCGUCACUUGAGAGCAUUGUGAAGGGUAGUUCCAGUGAAAAUGGGAAAGAACCUGUGGCAAGUGAGAUUUUGGACUUGCAAGCUGGCUCGGUUGACGCGAAAGUCAUUUCAACUGAACUCUCAGCUGGUUCAUCUUCGAGCAAUGGCAUGGAGACGAAAGUGAAUGAGGGUCCUAAAAGGUGUGCGUCCUGCCAAAAGCGGGUGGGGUUGACUGGGUUCAACUGCAAGUGCGGCAGCCUCUUCUGUGCAGCCCACCGCUACUCCGACAAACAUGAUUGUCCGUUUGAUUAUAGAACUGCUGCGCGAAACGCCAUUGCCAAGGCCAACCCAGUUGUCAAGGCUGAUAAACUCGACAAGAUCUAGUUUUCAGGGGGUUCAGGAGACGGCUCAUUUACUUGAAGCUGCGCCGUGUUCCACCUACGCGCGAUUUCGAAUGUAUAAGUUUGGCUGCAUAUCGUCUUAGGUGUCCUAUGCCCGGUAGAAAUUGCAGGUCACAUUAUUGGGGGCAUAUGCUUGCGGCGUAGCGAAUUCUCUUAUUCGUUGUGAUUGGCGGUAAUUUUGUUGUUGGCUUGGGUGUGUAAGUCAUUAUUUGUGUCGGUUUGAUGGACUCCAUUGUGGCUACUUCUGUUGAUCUGAAUUCUAGCUGUUUGGCUUUCAAUCCAAUCGAUCUGCGAUAAUUAAUAUGA